AUGUUCCGGUCAUCAAUGACAUUAAUGGAUGUUCGAUUAUGCCAGAAAUGUUGCAAGCGAUCUCUUUCAUCAAAACAGUUAAUAUAUGAAAAAUAUGGGCAUCCACCAGAUGUAUUGAACUUAGUAACGAAAGAAAUAGGGAAAGUUGGUGCUGAUGAGGUACGAGUACGUUGGAUGGGUGCACCGAUCAAUCCAGCGGAUAUAAAUCAACUGCAAGGAGUUUAUCCACGAAAGCCACCAUUACCUGCUGUUGGUGGAAUGGAAGGUUUUGGUGAAGUUGAAGAGAUUGGAAGUGGGGUGACGACUUUGCGUGUCGGCGAUUGGGUUCUACCAGGUAUUUCGAGUGCUGGUAGUUGGAGGACACUCGGAAAUCACUACGAAAAGGAUGUUUUUAAAAUUGCUAAAGAUUUGCCGUUUGAUUCAGCGGCUACACUUCAGGUUAAUCCGCCGACAGCCUACAGAAUGCUGAAGGACUUUGUUAAUUUAAAAGCCGGUGAUUUGGUUGUACAAAAUGGUGCAAAUUCGAGUGUCGGUCGUUGUGUUAUAGAGUUGUGCAAAUUAUGGAAUAUCCGAACUGUAAAUAUUGUACGUAAUCGUGAAAAUCUUGAUGUACUUGUCCGAGAAUUGAAAGAAAUUGGUGCCGAUGAAGUGUUCACGGAAGAGGAAAUGAAAAAAGAAUCGAUGAAUAAAGCUAAAAACGCUCAGUUGGCGCUGAAUUGUGUCGGUGGUCGUAGUGCGAUGUUGUUAUCAACUUGCCUUUCCAAUAAGGGAGUAAUGAUUACUUAUGGUGGAAUGAGCAAGAAACCAGUCCCAACUGGAUCAUUAAUAUUUAAAGAUAUCAAAUUGGUGGGUUUUUGGAUUUCUCAGUGGUACACAACUCAAGGCAACAAAAAGGAUCGUGAAGCAAUGUUUGAAGAACUACAGGAUUUAAUAAAGCAUGGAAAACUCCAUCCACCGAAAAUCAAUAAAUUAAAGCUUGAAGAGUGGAAAACAGCGAUCACUAAUGCGAUGAAUUCAUCGGGAACAAAACAGCUUCUUAUUAUGCAAUAG